GAUUUUAUUUAAGUGGGCAAAAAAGAAAAGAGAAGAAAAGAAAUUCUCUUUCUCCUACAGAGAAACCCUAUUAUCGAUCAAUUUUUUCCCACUGCUUUCAUUCUAUUAUUUUCAAAGCUCUCUUGGCAUCUCUUUUGAUUUUUAAUCACUUUCGAUUUUGAAGAUUCAAUUUCUGUUUUCCUUCUUCGGUUCAGCUAAUAGAUAUUUAAUUCAGAGUUUAUUGCAAUGGGAAAGAAAAAGCAAGAGGAGAGUGGUGCUGCCGCAAAAGUUAAGGGUGGCAGCAAAGAUGUGAAGAAAGAGAAACUUUCUGUUUCAGCUAUGCUUGCUAGCAUGGACCAGAAACCUGAGAAACCAAAAAAGGCUACUUCUACUAAACCCAAGGCAAAGGGUCCAAAGGUUUCAUCUUACACUGAUGGGAUCGAUCUCCCACCAUCAGAUGAGGAGGAUGAGUUCCCCUCCGGGGAAGAACAAACUCAAUCUAACAGACAAGAAAGGCAGAGCUUGAAGCCACUUGAUACCUCCAUAAGUGAAAAGGAAUUGAAGAAGCGUGAGAAAAAGGAAAUGCUUGCUACCCAAGCUGCUGAGCUGGCAAAACAAGAGGCCCUUAAAGAUGAUCAUGAUGCUUUCACUGUGGUUAUUGGUAGUCGGGCUUCUGUCCUUGAUGGUGAGGAUGAUGCAGAUGCUAAUGUCAAAGAUAUAACCAUAGACAAUUUCUCUGUAUCAGCUCGUGGGAAAGAACUUCUUAAGAAUGCCUCGGUUAAGAUAUCCCAUGGUAAAAGAUAUGGUUUGGUUGGACCAAAUGGGAUGGGGAAGUCUACCUUGUUAAAGCUUCUUGCUUGGAGGAAGAUUCCAGUUCCAAAAAAUAUUGAUGUGCUCUUGGUUGAACAGGAAGUGGUUGGUGAUGAUAGAACUGCCCUUCAGGCUGUUGUUUCUGCGAAUGAAGAGUUAAUUAGGCUACGGGAAGAAGUUGCAGCUUUGCAAAAUUCUUCUGCUUCUAAUGGAGAGGAUGAAAAUGACCUCAAUGGAGAUGAUGCAGGAGAAAGGCUUGCAGAACUGUAUGAAAAGUUGCAGAUUUUGGGUUCAGAUGCUGCUGAAGCUCAGGCAUCUAAGAUUCUUGCUGGGUUGGGUUUCACCAAAGCAAUGCAAGGUCGUCCGACACGAUCAUUUAGUGGUGGAUGGAGGAUGAGAAUAUCUUUGGCCAGGGCACUUUUUGUACAACCAACACUUCUGUUGUUGGAUGAGCCCACUAACCAUCUUGACCUUAGGGCUGUACUUUGGCUGGAGGAAUAUUUAUAUCGGUGGAAGAAAACAUUGGUGGUUGUUUCUCAUGAUCGAGAUUUUCUCAAUACAGUUUGCACUGAAAUUAUUCAUCUCCAUGAUAUGAAGCUCCAGUUCUACCGUGGAAACUUUGAUGACUUUGAAUCAGGGUAUGAGCAGCGUCGUAAAGAGAUGAAUAAGAAGUUUGAAAUUUAUGAGAAGCAGGUAAAAGCUGCUAAAAGGUCAGGGAAUCGAGUUCAGCAGGAGAAGGUAAAAGAUCGAGCUAAGUUUGCGGCAGCAAAAGAAGCAGCAAAGAACAAGGGAAAGGGCAAGAUCGAUGAGGAUGAUCGUCCAGCUGAGGCCCCGAAGAAGUGGAGGGAUUACAGUGUGGAGUUCCACUUCCCUGAGCCUACGGAACUGACGCCGCCUCUUUUGCAGAUAAUGAAUGUAAGCUUCAGUUAUCCUAAUCGGGAGGAUUUCAGGCUCUCAGACGUUGAUUUGGGUAUUGAUAUGGGAACUCGGGUUGCCAUUGUUGGGCCUAAUGGAGCUGGUAAAUCUACUCUCUUGAAUCUUAUUGCUGGUGAUUUAGUUCCAACAGAGGGUGAAGUGCGAAGGAGUCAGAAGUUGAGGAUUGGGAGGUAUUCUCAACACUUUGUUGAUCUGCUAACAAUGGAGGAGACACCUGUGCAGUAUCUUCUUCGUCUUCAUCCAGAUCAAGAGGGACUCAGCAAGCAGGAGGCUGUUCGGGCCAAGCUGGGGAAAUUUGGACUUCCCAGCCAUAAUCACCUCACUCCAAUUGCAAAAUUAUCUGGAGGCCAGAAAGCUCGAGUUGUUUUCACUUCGAUUUCCAUGUCAAAGCCUCAUAUAUUGCUAUUGGAUGAGCCCACAAACCAUUUGGAUAUGCAAAGCAUAGAUGCCCUAGCUGAUGCAUUGGAUGAGUUUACUGGUGGAGUUGUCCUCGUAAGUCACGACUCUAGGCUGAUAUCACGUGUCUGCGAGGAUGAAGAGAAGAGUCAAAUUUGGGUGGUAGAUAAUGGGACGGUGAACACUUUCCCUGGUACUUUCGAAGACUACAAAGACGAGCUCCAAAGAGAGAUUAGAGCGGAGGUUGAUGAAUGAUGCGGCAGUUGAAUUAGGUAUCGAGUUCCCCCAUAAUAUUUUUUUAUAUAUUAAGACGUAUAAAUGCAUUGAAACCUGCACAUUUUCUUUAUAUUUCUUUUUCUAGAAAAACAUGUGAGUGUACCUCUCUGUAUUGCGGAUCUAUUUGAAAUUCCAAGCUUGUUUACCUAUGAAUAUGACAUUGUACACUAGGAAAAGUGCAAGCUUGGUAGCAGUUACAAAAUUUUAUUGGACUGUAUAGUUGAUGUUGCUCUGAGAUUCCUUUUUGGGAUGUUAGAACCGUAUUUUUUUGCAGACAAUGUAGCACAAUUUACUGUCUUGUCA